AUGCGAGAACGUCGUUCAAGAAAUCAUGCUGAAGAUAUAUCUCGAAUAAUUCGUCAGUACAAAGAAAAUGAAGAUGCUGCUAUGGAUAUGUCAAAUACGAUAGACCAUGUACCUGUUGAUACUACAAAUGAUCUUCCAAUUACAAUGAUUGAUUGUUCAACUUCUUCUUUUGAUUCUGAACAUUCAGAUGAAUUCGAAAUAAAUUCCGACGAUAUUACUGAUGACGACGUCGAUGUGGAAGCUGAAAGUGAUGAUGAUGGUGUCGACGUCGAUGUUGAAGCUAAACGGGAUGACGAUGAUGUUGAAGAAUUUAUAAAUAUCUCGACGCUUAAAGAAGUACUCGAAUCGAACGAACCAAUAUUAAAAAAGUUCAUUCAACAGAAGUGCCUCAUUUUGGACGAAUAUUUACCACAUACUUGGUCACGAAUUAUGAAUUCAAUGGCUCAAAUGCCAUAUGAUGCUGUUAAAUAUAAACCAAAAUCAAAUAACAAUUCAUUAUCACAAACACCAAAAUUAAAUGAUACAACAACAACAACAAUUGCAUUAUCUCCAAUUAAUACAAAUGAGAAUGAACCAUGA